CGGAGGCGUGCCGGUGGGGUGGGCGGCGGCGGCGCGAGGCUCCCUCCUCGUGCUCGGCGUUGAGCCCCCGCUGCCGCCGGGACCGCACUGCCGGGACCGCCACCGCCGCCGCUGCGGUCGACUGUGCCUGACUGGCCCCGGGGUGCGCCCUGCACGCCGCGGGCCCAUGGGUGGCCCUGACCGCUGCCCUCCCCACUCUCCACUCUUCAGGCCCCUGCUGGUGUCCCUGGAGCAUGGGAGGCUGCUGCGCUUGAGCGGAGGUGGAGGCGUCUGGCUGGAGCUGCGAGUCUUACCCUGUGGUAGGGAGGACAUCCAUGGCUGCAGCCAACAAGGGCAACAAGCCCAGAGUCCGGAGUAUCCGCUUUGCGGCAGGCCAUGAUGCAGAAGGCUCCCAGAGCCAUGUCCACUUUGAUGAGAAGCUUCGUGACUCCGUGGUCAUGGUCACCCAGGAGAGCGACAGCAGCUUUCUGGUCAAGGUUGGCUUCCUGAAGAUCUUGCACAGGUAUGAGAUUACCUUCACUCUGCCCCCGGUGCACAGGCUGAGCAAGGACCUCCGAGAAGCACCUGUUCCCAGCCUACACCUCAAGCUCCUCAGCGUCAUGCCCAUCCCAGAAGGUUACAGCAUCAAGUGUGAAUAUUCGGCACACAAGGAAGGCGUCCUCAAAGAGGAGAUGCUUCUAGCCUGUGAAGGUGGCACGGGCACCUGCGUGCGAGUGACAGUGCAGGCACGAGUCAUGGACCGACACCACGGCACACCCAUGCUGCUUGAUGGGGUCAAGUGUGUGGGUGCUGAGCUAGAAUACGACUCAGAGCACAGCGACUGGCACGGCUUUGACUGAGGCCUGUGGCCCUGCGCGCCUUAGGGCCCCAUAGCCUUAAACCCCACCUUAUCCUCCCGAAUGCUGUGUCAUGGUGUGGCUUCCUCACCCCUCCCUGGGGUGGGUGUGGGUGUGGGGUGUCCAGGGGCCUCUCACCUCUGCCUUCAUUGUGCCACCUCCCUGCCUCUCCUGUGUCCUCCUCUCCCACUUCCUCCUCUCUGUGUGCCUCAGUCUCCUGCCAGAAGAAAUGGGUUGAGCCCCCAAGGAGGCUAUCUGAGGAGGGAGAAGAAAUGGGUUGAGCCCCCAAGGAGGCUAUCUGAGGAGGGAGGGGGAGUCUGGGGUGGGUUCUACCCACCCCCCACCCCAAGUCAUAGGGGCUGCAGCCAGGGCUUGGGAGAGGAGGGAGCUGGCUCUGUGAUGUCGCCAUUAUUGCUGCUGCUGCUGUCUGGCUUUUGCCCUCCCCUGCCCUCUCCCUCUUUCCUACGGCUGUCCAUGCUGAGUAGGAGGGAGGUGCAGCCCAAGCCCUAACCCCCAGGUCUAUGUUACUUGGUUUUUAAAGGAUUGGUUGAGAUAAAACCCGAAAGAAAUAAAACUUUCAGUGGACAUCAGA